UUGAACGAUCUGCUGCUCAUAAUUACCUUAAAAACUGUUUUUUUUUUGACAAAAUUUAGAAACUUUAAUGUGAUGACUUUUGGGACGUAAUAUAAAACGAAACAGUGUAAUAAUAUCCACGGUAGUUUUAAUGAAAAACGUAUUGAAUAAGUUGACAGGACCAAAGAAAUUGGUUAGGAAAAUCCUGUCGAAAUCCUCCAUUUCAUCGCACACCUUUGUUGAAUGCAAAUCACAAAGUUCGGAGUCGGAAAUGAAGGACGAAGCGGAAUCGGAUAUUACGCAGGAAAUGGAGAGUCUCAAGGAGCAAGUGGACAAUCUGAAAGCAUCUCUUGAUGUCCUGCAACGGGACUCCGAACAUAAGGAAUUGGUUAUUGCCAAACUACUGAGGGACAAGGAAAAAAUUAGCCAGGACUUGCUGAAACAGAAACGAUCCAAUACCAGUAUUGCACAACAAUUGGAGGAUGAACGUAUUUUUUACUAUAAGGAGAAGGAGAUGUACUGUCAAGAGAUGAACGAAUUGAAAAAGCUCAAGCAAAGUUGUAGCGUCUCAACAUUGGUUACAGGAGAGAAAACGAUUCAAGAAUAUAAAGAUUCAAUUGAGCAAUUAAAGGAAAAACUUAAGGAAACAAUGGAGGCGAACUAUAAUUUGUCCAUAAAAUAUUUAAGAAUGAAAAAUACUAAAACAUGUCUUAGAAACGAAUACAAAAAGUUGCAAGAAGAUUAUGAGAAGGUAGUAGCUGAUCUGAAGGGGAAGAUUGAAAAGUUGACCAAUGAAAUGGAAGAAAUGGCUCAAAGUAAACUUUCUUUAAGUACAACAACCAGCAGUAAAAAAUAUCUACAGAUCGUGAAAGAGAACAGCUGCCUAAUUUACGAGAAUUUAUGUCUGCAACUGCAAGUGGAUCAUUUGAGUUCAAAGCUUCAGAAACAUCAACAUCACGAAAUCCGUGAAGAGAAAAACAACCACUUGCAAUAUAUAAAACAUGGAUCUGCUGAAACGCUUGUAGAAAAGCGACAUUACCAUCACAAGAAACAUGCGUCGGCAGAAUCGUUACCGAGCAGACCGCACAACCAUAAAGAACGGAAGAAGGUGCGAAUCCACGAAGAAACACCUGAAAAGCUGGAAAGACAAAAACCGGUGCGAGUGAAAAACAACGCAACAAAAGAAGGACACGUUGUGAAGAUUUACGAGAGGAAGGAACGUCCCGGAGUACCAAACCUUCAAAUGGUAGACGAAGAUAAAGAAAAAUCCUUGAUUCACGUACCGGAAAAGGAUAAUAAUACUCAGCGCCUGCAUAAAGGACCAAAAACAUCUAAAGAAACGGACAAGUUGAAUCUUCUUCAAGUGUCUGAUGGUAUCUCGCAGCUUUCAAAUGAAUUUGAUUACCUGGGUUUCGCUGAAUCUUCUGCCACCGAAGUGUUGGUAAACACUUCGAAACCAAAAUAAGUCUGUAAACGUGAAUUUAGAAUAAAAGGCUGAUAGGCUAA